CCGCGCCCCCUUCUCCGCGGCCCCCGCUCUCCGCCCCCUUCCCUCUCGCACUUCCCACGCCCCCUCUUCGCGCUCCUCUCCUCCCUUGGCCGCCCAGCCCAGGGCUCCAGCCGCUCCGGAGGAGGCGUGAAUCGCGCAGGAAUAUUGACUAAUUUGGGGUGGGGUGGGGGUACGGUGGGCGAUGGAGCAGCCCGAGGACAUGGCGUCGCUCAGCGAGUUCGACUCCUUGGCGGGCAGCAUCCCGGCUACCAAGGUGGAGAUCACCGUAUCGUGCAGGAACCUCUUGGACAAAGACAUGUUUUCCAAGUCUGACCCAUUGUGUGUCAUGUACACUCAAGGGAUGGAGAACAAGCAAUGGCGGGAGUUCGGACGCACUGAGGUCAUUGAUAACACGCUCAACCCGGACUUCGUGCGCAAGUUCAUUGUGGAUUACUUCUUUGAGGAGAAGCAGAACCUCCGCUUUGACCUGUAUGACGUUGACUCCAAGAGCCCGGAUUUAUCUAAACACGACUUCCUGGGCCAGGCCUUCUGUACCCUUGGAGAGAUUGUAGGGUCCUCCGGGAGCCGCCUGGAGAAGCCUCUCACGAUAGGAGCAUUCAGCCUGAACUCCAGGACAGGCAAACCCAUGCCAGCUGUGUCGAACGGAAGUGGUCUUUGGAUGGAAAGCUCCAGAACCAUUGGUCCGGAAGCUUCCGGUGGGGUCCCAGGGAAGAAGUGUGGCACCAUCAUCCUGUCUGCAGAGGAGCUGAGCAACUGCAGGGAUGUGGCCACAAUGCAGUUCUGUGCCAACAAGCUGGACAAGAAAGAUUUUUUCGGGAAAUCCGACCCUUUCUUGGUGUUCUACAGGAGCAAUGAGGAUGGAACGUUCACCAUCUGUCACAAGACCGAGGUCAUGAAGAACACGCUCAACCCGGUGUGGCAGACCUUCUCCAUCCCUGUGAGGGCCCUAUGCAAUGGGGACUAUGACAGGACCAUCAAGGUGGAGGUUUACGACUGGGAUCGUGAUGGCAGCCACGACUUCAUCGGGGAGUUCACCACCAGCUACCGGGAGCUGGCACGUGGCCAGAGUCAGUUCAACAUCUAUGAGGUGAUAAACCCUAAAAAGAAAAUGAAGAAAAAGAAAUAUGUGAAUUCUGGCACGGUCACCCUGCUUUCAUUUGCGGUAGAGUCAGAGAGCACCUUCCUGGAUUACAUCAAAGGAGGGACGCAGAUCAAUUUCACUGUGGCCAUCGACUUUACAGCUUCCAAUGGGAACCCCUCGCAGUCCACAUCUCUGCACUACAUGAGCCCCUACCAGCUGAACGCCUACGCGCUGGCGCUGACUGCCGUUGGUGAGAUCAUCCAGCAUUAUGACAGCGACAAGAUGUUCCCCGCUCUGGGCUUUGGGGCCAAGCUGCCCCCCGACGGCAGGGUGUCCCACGAGUUCCCACUGAAUGGCUGUCAGGAAAACCCCUCCUGUUGUGGCAUCGAUGGCAUCCUGGAGGCCUACCACAGCAGCCUGCGCACUGUGCAGCUUUAUGGCCCCACUAACUUCGCCCCCGUAGUCACCCACGUAGCCAGGAAUGCCGCAGCUGUGCAGGAUGGCUCCCAGUAUUCAGUGCUCCUUAUCAUCACUGAUGGUGUCAUCUCGGACAUGGCACAGACCAAGGAGGCCAUUGUCAAUGCUGCCAAACUCCCCAUGUCGAUCAUCAUCGUUGGCGUGGGCCAGGCCGAGUUCGACGCCAUGGUGGAGCUGGACGGCGACGACGUACGGAUCUCCUCUAGGGGGAAACUGGCCGAACGGGACAUCGUUCAGUUUGUGCCCUUCCGGGACUACGUGGACCGCACCGGCAACCACGUACUGAGCAUGGCCCGCCUGGCCCGGGAUGUGCUGGCUGAGAUCCCCGACCAGCUGGUGUCCUACAUGAAGGCACAGGGCAUCCGCCCACGCCCGCCACCACCGCCGGCCGCACCUGCUCAAUCACCCCCCCAGUCCCCAGCCCACUCACCUCCCGGGUCCCCCCUGCACACGCAUAUCUGAAGCUGGCAGGACCAGGGGGCUGGAGGGUAAGCUGAG